UUUUAAAAUAAAAACGGGAUAAUGGUAGUAGACGUGCGAACUGGGUUUAUCACAAAACAGAAACAAAAGAGGUAAAAAUACUAAAAUCCAUUGUGGAUUGGCAGCCACAUAUAAUGCAUCGAAAGUUUGAUGAUGAUGAUGAUGAUGAUGAUGACGACGACGCUGACGCCUCUUUCAACCUGAACACCAACUACCUCUAUCCUCAAUUUUUCUAAUUUGUACCAUUUCUCUGUCUUAAUAAUCAUGUCGUCGUUCAGUCCGUCGUUUCGAGUACUGGCACCCCUUUGGAGGCAAAGCAACGUUCGUUUCCUGCUUUUUAUGCACUCCAAUAGAAACAAUGGCAUUUUCAUUCCCCGAGUACUCGCCUCCUCCACCUCCACCUCCACUAACACCAACGACGACUCUGGUUCCACUCCAAAACAAACCCAGCUCGGUUAUGAUCCUUCAGAGUUAUUCGGCCUCGAGGCCAAUCUCAAGUCAAGGAAUGGCGAUUUUGACAGUGACAAACAAAGGUCCUGGUUUGGUCCAAAUGGUCAGUAUAUUAGAGAAUUGCCUUGCCCAACUUGCCGGGGUAGGGGAUAUACUCCAUGUAUAGAGUGCGGUAUUGAAAGGUCUAGACCAAACUGUUCAAAAUGUAAGGGAAAGGGUAUAAUGACUUGUCACCAGUGCUUGGGAGAAUGCGUCACAUGGGAAGAGUCAAUUGACGAGCGGCCAUGGGAGAAAGCACGCUCCAUUUCUCCUCUCAAAGUGGAGGAUGAUGAAGUUGAUAACUUAGACAUCAAGCUGGUCAUGACAAGAAAAUCAAAACGUGUGUAUCAAUCACCCCCUCCUGAAGUUGGACUAAAGAUCAGUAGAUCUUUAAAAAGUCUCAAUGCCAAGACUGGUCUUUUUAGUAAAAGAAUGAAGAUUAUCCAUCGUGAUCCAAGGCUUCAUGCGCAAAGAGUGGCUGCAAUAAAGAAAGCCAAAGGAACUGCUGAUGCUAGAAAGCAUGCUUCCGAAGCUUUAAAAGCUUUCUUUAGUGACCCAGAAAACCGUCGCAAGAGGAGCAUUGCCAUGAAAGGAGUGAAGUUCUUCUGCAAAAACUGUGGACGUGAGGGGCACAGAAGACACUACUGUCCAGAACUAAAGGGCUUAAUAGGUAGACAGUUCAAAUGCCGUAUGUGCGGAAAAAAGGGACAUAACAGGAGAACUUGUCCAAAGACCAGGUUGCAUAGUCACAAAAGAAGAGUUAGGAAACACUUUUGCUGCAGCAUAUGCCAUGGAAGGGGCCAUAACCGUAGGACUUGCCCAAAAGUUAUUGGCGCAGAGUCGAGUAAUUCUGGUGUAACAAAAUGCUCUUUGAUUUUUGAAAGCAGAAAAUACAAGUGUCGGUUGUGCCAACAAGAAGGACACAACAUUAGGACAUGCCCUGGAAGAAAUGUAAAUGAUUCUGAGUUCCAAGAAGGAACCAGAUGAACAUUUUGAGCUUUAUUUAGAUAUAUGAUGAAUUGUGUUUUUUUCUAUUUUAAUUUUUAAUUGUCUUUUAAAGAAUAUAUAUCCCCUGAAUCAAAAUACAAUAUAAGAAGCGAAGUGAGCAUUAUGCUCAUUCUUUUUUUUUUU